AUGCCUGAACAGGGGCAACGCAGAGAUGAGUCAGGGUCUGGCUCUGGCUUGAAGGGUGCCCUCCAGGGUCUGGGCAUCUUUCUUUUCGCGCAGUUCGUCAUCGGACAAUUCUUCGGCAAUAAGCAGAACAAUGCAGUACCUAGCGCCGGUGGCGGUAACAUGGCCUUUGAGAAUCGCCCACACCCUAGCGAAAUCGCCGAGCCUAGCAUUCUCCCGGAUCUCAUUGCUCCUAUUUGGGCUCCUGAUACCGGUCUUGAUAUCAACAUUUAUGUAACGCCAUCCCUCGCGCUGCCUUCCCUUAAGGCUCCGGAUACCAUCCUGGUACUCCAGGAGAAGAACUUCACGCUCGGAAACUACAGCGAUACCCGCGAAAUCGAUACUACCAUCAAGGUCCCGAGACAGGUGCAGCAUAACGGUACUCUCUGGGCUCACUUCUUGGUCGCUCGAACUGGUCAUGAACUCGACCCCGCUGCCAAGGGUUACAGUACUGACCAUGCCGUGCACUUCCAGCGCCCCCUGAACCAGUACCUCGCCAAGAAGAAGACCAAGAAGUUGAAGAACCUCCUUACCAGCGAGGGAGAGGAAGAGGAAGUAGAGGACCAUACCCCAGAUGUGUCAAUUGCCUCUUACUACCAUCCCAACUUCACUGUUUCGUUGAUUCCUGACUCUGGACCCCAAAAGCUUGGACAGAUGCACCCCGCGGUCCGCCAGUAUGUGCAAUUGGAGCGCACUGGUGCCCGUGACAUUAGUGGCAAGAAUGGAUGGUACUACCCUAUUGUGUUCUUGAACACUUUCUGGCAGUUGCGCACCCAUAUGUCCGAGUUGAACUCGACUGUUGAGAGUGUACCCCUGCAUAUUACUCUCAACAACAUGGCCAACUGGAAGUUCAGUAUCAUUACUAGCGUUGAUGAGGGCUCCAAGAAUAGUGCUCGCCAGGCUGCCUACGGCGGUCCUGUACCUGGUGGUGGUGAUGGUACGGAAUGGGAAAUGGUCAAGGAGAUCCUUCUUAACACCAACAUUUGGCUCCUUGGAACUACCGGUAUCGUCACUAUUCUGCACAUGAUCUUCGAGACCCUGGCCUUCAAGAGUGAUAUCUCCCACUGGCGUAACAAGAAGGAUACCGUCGGUACCUCCGUUCGAACCAUCUUGGCAAACGUUUUCAUGCAGGCUGUGAUCUUCCUCUAUCUGAUGGACAACAGCGACAAUACCUCUUGGAUGAUUCUAGGAAGUCAAGGAUUCGGAAUCCUUCUGGAGGCCUGGAAGAUCACCAAGACCGUUGACGUUCGUCUGCGUCCCCCACCAGCCAAUUCCUUCUUCUCGUUCUUGCCAUUUGUCAUUGUCUUCGAGGACAAGCACAAGCUCAGCGAGACCGAGGAACGAACCAAGGAGUACGACCAGAUCGCUUUCCGCUACUUGUACAUCGUUGCAGUGCCUCUUCUUCUCGCAUACGCUGGUUACAGCCUGGUCUACAACACCCACAAGUCUUGGUACUCUUACAUCAUUGAGACUCUCGUCGGUAGUGUCUACGCCUAUGGCUUCUUGAUGAUGGUUCCUAGCUUGUACAUCAACUACCGCUUGAAGUCUGUCGCCCAUAUGCCCGGCAAGGCUAUGGCCUACAAGUUCCUCAACACCUUCAUCGACGAUCUCUUCGCGUUCACUGUCAAGAUGCCUUGGUUGCACCGCUUGGCUACCCUCCGUGACGAUGUCAUCUUCUUUAUCUGGCUUUACCAGAGCUACAAGUACAAGACUGACUUCAAGCGUGUCAAUGAGUUUGGACAGGGUGGUGACAGCGACGAAGAGGAGGAGUCAACUUCGGCCACCGAGAAGACUGAGAAGAUUGAGAAAACUGAGAAGACUGAGAAGCAGGAGGUUGUUUCCCAGACCUCUUCCAAGGUGGAAUCCAAGUCCUCCAAGUCUUCCACUCAAAGCAAUGAACGAGGAAGCUUGGUUGACGCUAUCGAGCAUCUGGAGGCCGUUGCUUUUGUGCCAGUGAAGAAAAGAUACACUGAUGCAGCUCAAUUGGUCAAAACAAUCGCCUCGGACGCGUACGAGAAUGGCAUUCCACAGGAUGCUCUGGGUCGGUUGCUGAAGAUUCUAACUAAAAGAAACAACCUGGAUCAAGGAACUAUUACCACCUUGAUCAAUAAUCUAUACCCACAGGAGAGAUUCCUUUCAAAACAUGUCACUCAGGUCGUUUGCUGUCUGGGACCGAGCAAGUCCAAGCCAACACCGGCAACACAGGCCUUACUCGUCCGCUGGCUGAUCUUGACGUAUGAGAUCUUUGAAGACCGAAGCCACCUCGGAAAACUAUACGCGGUGCUUUUUAAUCAUCUUGAUAUGAUUAGCUUGCGCAAACCUCUCUGUCAUCUUCUAUCCUUGGUGACUAGACGUAAACACGUUAAGCCAUUUCGAAUACAGGCUUUGAUGGAACUAAUCCAAAAUUCCGGCGGUGAUGAGAAAGACCUUGUGAUUUUAUUGAAGAUGUUCAAGAAUUACUACCCGGAAAUCAUUAUUGAAGAUGUGGGUGGGUCAAGGCGAGCUGCCUUGUUUUUCAAACACCCGGACACUGAAUGGGCCAGCCAUGUGAAGGCAUUGCAGGUUGCGAACCUGGAAAGGACAGCGGCAUUGAGGGGCUCGUCAGGCUUCCAAAUUGCACACCGAGGUGCAACAAAGAGAAGCAAGAUCGAGGUCGUCAUUCCUGUUUUACAAACAUCGCGCGUGUCGAAUAAACAUACAUCUCUUGAGGAACUCCGGGAUAUCGAUCACUUUGUUGACAAGAUCGAUAUGAUCGAACUACCCAAUCAGAUAAUCUCGGCGCUUGGUGACGGCAUGGCCCAGAAAUAUCUUUAUUUGGUUCAAUCAGAAGUUGCUGAUCAUCGACUAAAUGAGUGGUUGAGAAAUUUCCUUCAAGACAAGCUGGAGCAAAUACAGGCAGAGGAUAGCGACGAUUCAGAUGUUUUGUCUUAUGUUUUAGGCUUUGUUGAGGGAUACGCUGCAUACACCAAACAACUUCUUCCUUCUGUUCGAUCAUUUCUGGAAUCAUAUCUCGAAUCUUGGAACGGUCAGGAUGAUCGUGCACAAGUACUUGGGCUGCUGCGAUUCCUGCCAGUCGAGCCCUGGGAAUCACUCCACGCCGGGAUUUUCUCUCCAUUGGAGUCUAGAUUAUUGGAUGGCUCUCUCGCUUCAAGGAUAGACUUACUUGACUUUUACUCAGCAUUGAUUGGCGAAUGGGGAGUUAAGCUCCGAACUCAGCCAUCUGUGCCUGAAGAAUCAGCCUCUUUGACUGCAUUGAUCAGACAUGCUGAGCUUUUGGCAUUUUCGAUUCAAGAGUUCAUUCCUAUGCCCGAUGAUAAGCCAGCAGUGUUCAAACCAGCCAGUCUAUCCGUGCUACGGCUCUACAAAUGUCUUGCGAUACUUUUUUCUCAUGCAUCUGAGAAUGCCCAAAUCCGAAUCUCAGUUCCCUCCGCUCCAUUAGUGUACGCGAUUGCCUUCACGCCUACUAUCUCCACAAUUUCUACUCUGGGGUCCGUUUUGGCAGGCUAUAAGGCAGCCUUGGAAGCAUCUCUCUCAUCUCAAAAUCUGAAGGAUAUCCACGCUCCUGAGUCUGUGUACAAUGCCAAUGCUGUGGGCGAGUUCAACGGCUACGUCAUGGACAUGUGCAAUCUAGUCUGGCGAAAUCGUGCAUUGAAUACGGAUGAUCCCAAUGCUCGAGCUUGUCUCUUGGCGUUAUCUGAUAUUUCAGCCCUGACCAAGUAUGUUCGUGAUGUCAACGAAGCAGCGAGACACUAUGAUCGGGAAAGCGCCUUUCAUUGCACCCUUCCCAACAUCUUCUCUCUCAGUCAUCAUGCAGCCUACUGCAAUCUAUCGGCGGCUUGUUUUGCAGAGUUGGAAGGAGGCCAGCAAACUGCAGGAGAACAACGGGCGAAGCUGCGAAAACCGGUCACGCCAAAGUCUUUGCAAGCUCUUGAGAAGGAAGGGGGUUUCAAGAUUACCUGGCAAGAGUAUCGAAUUCAUAUGCUAGAAUGGCUAGAUGGUAUCGGUAGUCGGGGAACGAGUGAGCUAAUGAGAAGCACUAUGAAAGCUUUGAAGAAAGACUGA